AUGUCGUCGUCUGGAACCCCGGCGCCUGCCCAGGCCACGAGCGGCAGCUGGUCUGCUUUUCUAAAGUCCAUUGCAUCGUUCAAUGGCGACCUCUCCUCCCUCACCGCGCCGCCCUUUAUCCUCUCCUCGCAGUCCCUCACCGAGUUCUCCUCCUACUGGGCCACGCACCCGCCCAUCUUCGCCGCCCCCGCCGCCGAGUCGGACCCCGCCAAGCGCGCCAUGCUAGUCCUCAAGUGGUUCCUGUCGACGCUCAAGCACCAGUACGCCAGCCGCAGCGAGCAGUUUGGCAACGAGAAGAAGCCCUUGAACCCCUUCCUCGGCGAGCUGUUCCUCGGCUCCUGGACCGACGAGGCCGGCGAGACGUCGCUCGUCUCGGAGCAAGUCAGCCACCACCCGCCGGCCACGGCCUACUGCAUCCGCAACAACAAGACUGGCGUCCAGCUCGAGGGUUACAACGCCCAAAAGGCCACCUUCAAGAGCACCAUAAUUGUCAAGCAGAUCGGCCACGCCGUCCUCACCAUCCCCGUCGGUUCCGGCAACAGCAAGGAGACUGAGCGCUACAUCAUCACCCUCCCCUCGCUGCACAUCGAGGGCCUCAUCUUCGGCACCCCUUUUGUCGAGCUGGACGGCACGAGCACCAUCGUCAGCUCGAGCGGAUACACAGCCAAGAUUGACUACAGCGGCAGGGGCUGGCUGUCGGGCAAGAAGAAUAGCGUCACCGCCGUCGUCCACCCCACGGACAAGGAAAAGGACGUCUUGUACAACGUCACCGGCCAGUGGACCAAGGAGUUUGAGAUCUACCAAGGCCCCGCCAAGAAGAACUCCAAGUCGACCAUGGUCGCAGCCUACGACGCCGCAGGGACCCCGCAGACGGAGCUCAAGGUCGCCCCGCUCGAUAAGCAACACCCCCUCGAGUCCCGCCGCGCCUGGGCCAAGGUUGCCGAGGCCAUCCAAAAGGGCGACAUGGACGCCGUCUCUGUGGAAAAGGGCAAGAUUGAGCAGGCGCAGCGCAACAUGCGCAUCAAGGAGCGCUCCGAGAACCGCUCCUGGGAGCGGCGGUUCUUCACGGCCGUCCAAGGCGCGGACAAGACGCUCCAAGAGCUGGGCAAGGCUGCCGUCGUGCCGCUGGACGGCGAGCAGGACAAGACGGGCGGCCUGUGGAGGUUCGACACCGACAAGGCGUCCAAAGCCUCGGCCGAGCAGCUGAGCGACGGCGAUGUCAAGAAGAUCGAGAAGGAGGUCUUGGGCCAAUAA